UGACAUCAAAGUUUAAGCAUUCUCUGAUACUUUCUUGCAAACGGUUAUUAAUUUUUAACAACCAACUCUGGCUUUCCAGGCUCCUUACUGUCCACAAUACGAAAAUAUCAACGUUUCGUGGUCCAAUUUGUGCCACGAAAUCACAACACUGGCGAACUUCAUCUUGACCAAGAGGCAUAUUCUUUCUGCCUCGGCUCUAUUCGAAGCUGCCGAUGAGCUUUGGCCGCCUUAGGUCGAUGGGUGUGAACUUGAUGGAAGUUUCGGCGUGAAUAAUUCGGGCCUGAUUGCAGGCCGUCGAAGGUGAAGCUCGAAGAGUUAUCAUAAGCUUUAAAAUUAGUUUGACAGAGAAAAUUCUUAUUCGGUCCUCGUUCAAUAAACUCCAACGAUGUUUAAGCAAAUAAUGAAUUUCUUUGCUUCUCCUGGAGCCAAAGGAGCCAUUGAAGAUGCUGCACCGACUCAGUACAUUUUCACUGGCCCUGUUGCCUCCGAAGAAAAGAAAUCAAUUUUUAUUGAUGAAGUAGAGCAAGGUACACCUGCAAAAAACAUCACUGGCUAUAUCGAUCGUGUGAAGAAGGGUAGGCUUGACCGGUGGCUUGAUAGAGUUGUCAAGGCAUCCGGCUCUCAGACAGUCUUCUUCAUCAUGAUUGCAGGUCUCCUCGUUUGGGCUUUCCUUGGCAUCCCCUAUGGCCAAACCGACAACUGGGCUGCAGUCAUCUCCGACGUGCAAGCCAUUAUUAGCUACUUCUUUGACUCGCUCCUUAUGCGUCAACAACUCAAUGGCUAUGAAAGGCAGGUUCGGAUCUCCGCAAGCUUGAGGUCUCGCGUCCACAGCCAGAAACGUAUGCUGCGACAGAUUCUCGCCAGCAAACGUUACAAGAAGCCAUCUUUUGAGGAGAUUCAGAAUUUCCACUCAGACAAAUUCGAUCUCAAUCUACCUCAAGAGAACUGGAUUAACCGUGCUUCCAAUCGCACUGCGGUAGUUCUAGGUCACUUUGGUACUAUCUGCCUAUACUGGAUUUGUAUCUUCAUCUGGCUCGGCUUCGGACAAUACUGCGACUGGAGUGAUCGCUGGCAGCUCUAUAUCAAUUCUGGAACCUCGGCGCUAAUGAUACUGAUCUUUACCUUUUUGGCCAAUAUUCGCGAACGCCAUGAUGAAUAUGUCGAGAGGUGCAUGAAUUGCAUCUUUGAGGUCGAUUCCGACGUCGAGCUGAAACUCCGCAUUCUCAGUGGCGACACCGAACCAAAUCCCACAAUCGUUAUCCCUGCGCCUCCCUUAGGCUCUUUUCAGCGAAUCAUCUUUUAUUAUGCAGAUGUUGUUGGAACUCUCGUCGGAAUCGCACUGCUGUUCAUUGUCUUGAUUAUUUGGGCCGGCAUUGGUCCUGUCAUGCAGUGGAACAACAACUGGUGGCUGUUCAUUGGCACCUACGCGGGUUUGAUCGGAUUGAUUGACGGCUUUGUCCUCCGAAACGUUCAACAGCGGCUACAUCAGUAUGAACGGCUUGCUCUCGAAGAGGCCAAACUUGAGGAUAUAGGUCUAUCAGACGACAUUGGAGUGCCUGCGCCAGAGAAAACCAAGGUCAACUACAGCUCUAUCAACUAUCGUCUUUCUAAUAAAAUGGGUAUUAUCUGCGCGCACGAGGUCACUGUCAUGCUGGGCAUCUUGCUUGUCAUAGGCCUUGUUAUUGGAGCCAGCGCAAUGAGAUGGACUCUUACCGGACAAUUAAUUUGCAACAUUCCUCCAAGCAUCAUCGAGUCGUUCUUCAUGAUGAUCCUAAUCACUGGUCACAACCUUUCGGAAGCUGACUGGCGCGCAGAUUUGCUCCAUAUGUACUUGUGGCGUUUGCGACUCUAUGCGUUUGUUGACCAAUUGACAGACGAACCUGGCGAAUGUAGUGACAUUCAAAGACACUAAGCGCUCAAAUGAACCGUAGCAGGUGAGUGCUACGGUUCAGAAAAUAAGAAUAGGGUACUCUGUACUCGUAUUCUAUCAAUCAAUUGGCUAUCUUGAAGUAUCAACUCUCAUCAGCCUACUUAUCUUUGUUGCUGGCUUUCCGCUACUUUUCUUAUUCCAG